AUGUCACAAAGACAAAAAAACAAGGCGACUAAGGCUGAACGGGCAUCCUUCUUCCUGGCGCGGACUGCCAGAACGAAACUGCGGGAAGGCCACAGUCUGUACAAAGAUGGCGGCAAGGCCCGCUCCCUGUCUCCCUCGGCCUCCUUAAACUCCCUCUCGGAGGAUCAGCCUCUCACAACAGCCACUAUGCGACACAUGCUAACUGAUCUCGCUGACACACUACAGUUCAACAUGAAAAAGCAGCUGCAAAGCCUAACAGCAGACCUCCGCAAAGAUAUCUCCGACAUAGGCCAGCGUACAGGCCACAUGGAGCAAAAACUAGAUGAAUGUGCAGAUGCACACAACUGCCUGGCGAACAAAGUCCCGGAUUAUGAAGCCACUCUCAACUCAUAUAAAAUUAAGGUGCCGGACAUGGAAGAUCGGUCGAGGAGGAAUAACAUUCGAAUCCGCAGCAUACUAGAAACGGUCCUAGCUGCAGGCCUCAACAACUACCUCCAGGACAUGUUCCCAACACUCACUCUUGCCAUCCACCCAGACCAGCUGAUCGUGGACAGGGCGCAUCAACUCUGA